AUGAGAACCGGUAACGACGCAAAGGACGCCGAAAAGGAGAAGUUAAAUCCCAAUGGAUGGCUACAGUCUCGUCCGAGUCAACAGUUCAACGUGAUACGGCGAGUGUAUCAACAAGACGCGCUGAACAAAGAUGCUGACUAUCAAGUACCAAAGAAACCUUUAUCGCAUAGAUGUAAGAGGGCAGUGGAGAAUUGUGGAUUUGGGGAGUGUUUAUUAAACUCUGUACCAAUAGCGCGAUGGCUGCCUCGGUACAAUCUCAAGAAGAACUUGGUCGGGGACCUGGUAGCAGGUGCUACUACUGCAGUGAUGCACAUACCACAAGGUAUGGCGUACGCGUUACUCGCAGAAGUUCCACCGAUAGUGGGUCUAUAUAUGGCAUUUUUCCCAGUGCUCAUCUAUGUGAUAUUCGGCACUUCACCCCAUGUGUCCAUGGGGACGUUUGCCGUAGCUUGCCUAAUGGCGGGGAAAGUGGUAACGCAAUACUCGACGCGUCCGGAAAUCAUUAGUGUUGUUAACGCCACGGCUACUGAAGGUCCUGAUAUAAUGAUGGGGGGGUAUUCCCCUUUACAAGUACUAAGCAUACUCACACUAACCGUUGGUUUGAUACAAAUAAUAAUGUGGGUGAUGCGUCUGGGUGCAGUUUCCACACUGCUGUCGGAGCCGCUGGUGUCCGGGUUCACAACGGCCGCCUCGUUCCACGUGUUGUCUUCACAAUUGAAAGACUUGUUUGGAAUAAGACUGCCUAAAUUAGGAUCGAAUUAUAAAGUUGUUUUUACUGUUAUAGAAAUAGUAAAGAACAUACCAAAUGCGAAUUGGACAGCAUUCGCGAUAUCGGCUUUAGCCUGCACCAUCAUAGCUUUGAACAACGAAGUGUUGAAGCCAUGGGUGAGCAAGAAAAGCCGCGUGCCGGUGCCUAUAGAGCUGUUAGCGAUCGUCAUCGGCACGUUGGUGUCGAAGUUCACGGAUUUGAAGGGACAGUAUGGAAUCUCUUUAGUUGGCACCAUUCCUACUGGUCUCCCAGACGCCACAGUGCCUCCAAUAGAACUCCUCCCGAGCAUAGCACUGGACGCAUUCACCAUCACGAUGGUGACCUACACCAUAUCCAUGUCCAUGGCCCUCAUCUUCGCUUCGAAGGACAAGUACGAGAUUGAUGCGAAUCAAGAGUUAUUGGCGCUGGGGACAAGUAACGUGUUCGGGUCUUUCUUCUUCUGCGCGCCGCUCUGCGCCAGCUUGUCCAGGUCUUAUAUACAGUAUCAGGCGGGCAGUAAGACCGGGAUAACAUCGGUAGUGUCCGCGGGCCUCAUCCUGUGCGUGCUGCUGUGGGUGGGGCCGUUCUUCGAGCUGCUGCCGCGCUGCGUGCUCGCCUCCAUCAUCGUGGUGUCGCUCAAGGGCAUGUUCAUGCAAGUCAAGGAGCUAGCUAAGUUCUGGAGGCUGAGUAAGCUAGACGCCAUAGUGUGGCUUGUGACGUUUUUGACGACGAUGUUAGUUAACAUCGAUAUUGGUCUCGGAGCAGGACUAAUAGCAAGCGUCGGAACAUUGUUCGUCCGCUCGCAAAAACCCUACACCUGCCUGUUAGGACGAGUUCUCGAUACCGACUUGUAUCUGGAUAUCAAGAGAUAUAGAGCUGCUGAGGAAAUCCCCGGCAUCAAAAUCUUCCACUACUGCGGCGGACUGAACUUCGCCAGUAAGAAUCUCUUCAGGUCCACGCUGUUCAGGAAAAUUGGAUACCUCAAGUCUGAUGAAGACGGUGAAGAUGUGAAGGGAGAGGCGUAUGAGUGGGAUUCUAAUUACAGUAAUAAGGUGCAGUGCGUGAUCAUCGACGCGACGGCGCUGUCGUACGUGGACGCGCCCGGCAUCAAGAGCCUGGUGGCGGCGCAGCGCGAGCUCGUUGCCAACGCCGUGACCGUGCUGCUCGCCGGCGCUAACGGACCGGUGCUAGAAAUGAUAGAGCGGUACAACUCACUGGAGUCGGAGCAGCUGCAGCUGGACACGUUCCCGACCGUCCACGACGCCGUCGUCUACUACAAGGUGCUGCAAGCCAAGAAGGACACCAUCGUCAUACAGACG